AUGACCCUCAGGCACGAUCUCGUCAGGCUCGUAGAAGUUAACUCGGAGAGUGGAGAGGAACUCGAUGGUUUCCUUCUGGUCAGGGUAUCUCGUCCCGACGAAAGACAUCUGGAAGAUCUCGGCGUAGUCCUUGCUCUUCAUGACCCGGAUCCGCUUUUCCUACUGCCUGAGCCUUCCUCCGUCACCGGUUUCUUUCCUUCCGCCUUCUCCGCCGCGGCUCUCGAGAGAGUUCCUCUUGUUGUGGACACCAUUGUUCCUGUGGAACAAACAAACUCACAAACAGAGUAA